AAUUCAGUGCUUAUCACUGUGUUGUUUAUUUUUCUUCCUGUACAGACUUUUAACACAACCAAUGUCACUAAACUGUGUCCAGGUGCUCAGUGUACUUUUGCUUUUUAUGGAGGAGAAAGCCUGUACCAUAAGUACAUCUUCAUCUUCCAGUUAGCCAAUGCCUUUGUCUUUCUCUGGCUGGUGAACUUUGCAAUUGCAUUGGGUCAGUGUACCCUUGCUGGUGCCUUUGCCUCCUAUUACUGGGCCUCUCGAAAACCAGCUGAUAUUCCACUAUGGCCACUCUUCUCUUCAUUCGGACGAGCAAUACGAUACCAUACAGGUUCGCUGGCAUUUGGAGCCUUAAUUCUUGCAAUUGUCCAGCUUAUUCGAGUAAUACUGGAGUACUUGGAUCACAAACUGAAAGGUACACAGAACUCCUUCACUAGAUUCCUACUCUGCUGCCUCAAAUGCUGUUUCUGGUGUUUGGAAAAAUUCUUAAAAUUUAUAAACAGAAAUGCCUACAUCAUGAUUGCCAUCUACGGUAAAAACUUCUGCACCUCGGCGAAGGAAGCGUUCUUUCUGCUCAUGCGGAACGUGGUGAGAGUUGCAGUUCUGGACAAAGUUACAGACUUCCUUUUAUUCCUGGGGAAAAUCCUCGUUGCUGGUGGUGUAGGUGUUCUUGCGUUCUUUUUCUUCACACAGAAGAUACCAGUCAUUGCACAGGAAGCACCAGCGUUAAAUUACUACUGGGUACCAUUGUUGACAGUCAUUAUUGGCUCCUACCUAGUUGCACACGGGUUCUUCAGCGUCUAUGCAAUGUGUGUUGACACGCUUUUCCUCUGCUUUUGUGAAGACCUGGAAAGAAAUGAUGGAUCUACAGCAAAGCCCUACUUCAUGUCAGCUAGCCUUCACCGAAUUCUAGGGAAGAAGGAGCUAAGCCCUAAGAAGGCAGCGGGAUAACAUACACUAAACUGCAACAUCAAAACAGUGUCACUUUUAAGCAAAACUUGUAUAAAGUAGGCAAAAGUAAAAACUGUAAAUGAUGCUUCUGGUUAAUGGGUGAUUCUUUUUUCCUUUUGCUUAUAUCUAAAAAAAACGAGCAACCUUGGUAACAUUUAACUAGUUUAAGUGCUUAAACUAACAUCUGUGAAAACAGGCCACGUUUUAGUUUAUAGAGUGCCUAUGAGAAGGAAAAUGUAAAUUUCAAGCUUUUUUAAGUCUAUAAUGAUGUUUUAAUAACUUUUGUAACACAAGUUGCUGCCUUAGAUGACAGCAGUUUUGAUAACGUUUCUUUUUGUAAGUGUAUAUUUGUAAGAGAAAUUCAGGCAAUUUUUUGAAAGCACUAACAUAACCUAAUCAGCCAUAAAAGAUUGUUUGAGACUCUCUAGUUACCUAGGAGAUGGUACUAAAUUUGUAAAUAUGGUGCUAUGAUUGUAUUUUUUUGUACGAGCUGGUUCACAGCUAUUUAAACUGUGAUUAUACAUGCAUUAAUGAUUCCCUACACUGAAAAAUGUAGUGAUAUUUUAAUCACAUCCACAUCUGCGUCUUUUAUGAAAUGGUGGUACCCUGCAGGUCCCAAAGAAGGUGGUCAGAGAAGACUAUACCUGGUCCUGCUUAAAGUGAGGUUUUCUGUGAGUUGUGCUUGAAAGACGAUUUAAUCAAGAGAAGGUCCCACUGCACUCAAUUUGUGGUUUCACAAAAGAAGUUUCAUCUGGUACAAGAUGGUGAAUGUAUCGUUUUUAGCUGAUGCGUGAGAGAGAUGCACUUAAUAUCCCCUAUCUCUGAUUGUGUUCUGCGUUAUAAGGAGCUGAGUUGCACUGAAAGGAAAACCAAAUGCAGUCUUUUUUAACUUGGAAGAAAGCCUUGGCUGCAGUUGUGAAAGGAAUUCUGUUGCCACUGCCUAGCUCAGAAGGGCUCCUUAAUAAGACAUUGCAGUGACCGUGCGUGUCCUGAGGGCCAGGCCUGCUCCUUCAGCAGGUCUCCGGGCUCUCAGGUGCUCACACAGAAAUGUGUUAAAACAUUGAACUCAAUUAUUCUCAUGAUGCAGCAUGAAUUACUUAGAUACUGAAACAUGCUCCAAAAGAUUUAGUUUGCUUUUUGAUUAUUAAAUUUGCCCGGUCAUUAGAACAAUAUCCAGUGGUAGAAAGCACAUUAAUAUUCUGUUCCAUUUAAUGACCCUCCCAUUAGUAGAAGUGUCACUGGGGUUAGUAGCAGCUCUGCUCAUGGAAGAAGUCUUACACUGGAGUGCUUCUCAAGUCCUUUAUUGCCAUGAGCUGAGCUGAAAAGGUUUUCUUUUAUUGGUCUCAUGGGUGCCCAAGGACCCAGCCACACCGAUCCUGCCCCUAGUUUUCAUGGAUUCCACCACAGUGGGUAAGAUAUUCCAUUACUGUCUGCUUGCUGCAGUGGCAUGUGCCAUGCCUCUGCCAGACCUCUUACAGAAGUUCAACACUUGACAUACUUUCCUAGCCCCAGGAGUCAGUUGGUCUCACAAAGGGAAAGGCAAAUUCUUUUCCAGAUGAUUUGAAUGCAAAUUUCUGGGGAAACUUUCCUGACAAUCCACAUCCCAAAGUGAUUUUGCUCUCUAACAACUCAUGGCUCCAGUUCAUGAUAACUGUAAGCACUAGAAGCAGAAAUACUGCUGAUGUGGCCGGUGUGGGGUCCUGCUGAUGCAUGGUGGGUACCACCCCUGUGCUGCUGGCACGCGCACAGCAGGGUCUCAAAACCUGGUGAGCUGAUGCACAAGCACAGGGUACUCACAUGCAUUCCCUGUGAUUGGGUUGGCACUGCAGCACUUUCCCUGGAGCAGAAAUGAGGGGUCUGGUUUAGGACUCAAGUAAUGUAAAGGUGUACAGUUUCAAAUGGAACUGCUGGUUGUGGGCACCUUCAGAUUUUGAGAACCCCUCUUAGCCUAGAGUAAACCUGACUUUUGGAAAGGGCUGAAGAACCUGCCUUCAGAAAAACACAGGCUUCCAACUAUGAAGUUUUGCAUCAUCAUCAUCAUCAUUCCUUUCUCCUUAUGUGCAUGGUGUUGAAUAUCCAACCCACACACACACACACACUUUCUAAUCUCUUCUGAGAAUGCAGUCAGUAGCUUUCUGGGGUCUGUGUCACCAUUCUGUGAUCGAAGGAGCGGCUGGUGUGAUCACAGCCUGUCUGCUCAACCUUUCUUUUGAAUUUUAUUUUUUCCAUAGCGCUGAGUGGUUAGUUUGCAUUAAGGAAUCUAUAUUUCUAUUGGACCUGAGUGUCUUACUGGGAGCUCAGCUGAAAAAGCGUGUUUCUGAACACAGUGUGGUUUUUUAUCAUAUGAAUGUAACCAUAGAGUUUAUUAGGAAUAAACCAUAAUAGACAUAGUAGACAGUCAUUUGACUAGAAGACUUUUGUAACAAGCCUAUGCAUUUACUAAAAGAAUUUCUAAAAGUGAAAGUUUUAAAUUGUAUUAUUAUUUAUAUACAGUAAAUAUAUAUAUGUAUAAAUUUGCUUCACUCACUAUUUUGUGAAAUCAUUUAGAAUGUGAUCAUCAUUUCUGAGAAAACUUAAAAGCCAUUUUCUUAAUGAUAUAAUUAUGAGAACUGUGACAGUAUAAAGCAAUACCAUGUAGAUUUUGUAAUCAGUAGAUUCAAUAAAUAAAUCAGAAUGAUUUAAUACUAA